AUGCGUCGCGUGUGCGUGACCGAUAAGUACCUGGCGAAGGACUACUUCUUCUCGUCUCGCGUCACCAGGGGCGCAGGACACACACAAUUGCACCACGAACACCACACGGCCAACAUGUUCAAGAUGGCCAAGAAAUGGAGCUCUGCUGGCAACGCCUUCUGCGAGGUGGCCAACCUCAGCCUGAAGAACCAGAAUCGGCACGAUGCAGCUACUAACUUUGUCGACGCUGGAAAAUGCUGCAAAAAGUUCGGCCCGAAUGAGGCCGUCAACUGCGUGAUGAAGGCGAUUGAGAUCUUCACGGACAUGGGCCGAUUCACCGUGGCGGCCAAGCACCACCAGACGAUCGCAGAGAUGUACGAUACGGAGCUAGUCGACCUGGACAAGUGCGUCAAACACUACGAGAAGGCGGCCGAUUUCUUCCGCGGCGAGGGGUCCAUCUCGUCGGCCAACAAGUGCCUGCUCAAGGUGGCCCAGUUCGCCGCCCAGACGCAGGACUACGAGAAGGCCAUCAGCAUCUACGACCAGGUGGCCGGCACCUCCCUGGAGAGCUCGCUGCUGAAGUACAGCGCCAAGGACUACUUCUUCCGGGCGCUGCUGUGCCACCUGUGCAUCGACGUCAUCAAUGCCAACAACGCCGUGCAACGCUACCAGGAGAUGUACCCGGCGUUCCAGGACUCGCGCGAGUGCGGGCUCAUUAAGACCAUCUGCACCCACCUGGAGGAGGAGAACGUGGACGCGUUCACCGAGACGGUCAUCGAGUACGAAUCGAUCUCGCGCCUCGACCAGUGGACCACCAUGAUGCUGAACCGGAUAAAGAAGACCAUACAGGAGAACCUGAAGUAG